AUGAUGCUGUCGCUGGCGCUGGGCCUCAGCAGCAAGCGCCCGCGGACGACAUCGCGGUCUCCGGCCACGCCCGAUGGGCCGGACCACCUGAGCCCCCUCCCCGUCGAGAUGGUGGAAGAGAUCCUCCGGCGCCUGCCGCUUGAUGACGCCGUCCGCACCUCCGCCUUGGCGAAGCCCUGGCGCUAUCGCUGGGCCGAGUGCCCCGGCCUUGAGCUCGUCGCCGGAGAUCCACCGGCUGCCGUAGAUGCCGUCCUCAACAGGUACACCUGCAACGUCUCCCGUGCCCAGCUUGAUGUCCCGGAGGAAUCCUACUGCAAGAUCGACGGCUGGCUCCGCGCCCUCGCCACCAAGGGCAUACGGUACCUAGUCGUGUGCUUCACUCCUGUGCUCUUGCUGCGAUUGCCCCUUCUUCCGUCCUCGCUCUUCUCCUGCCGCGAACUUACCUCGCUGCUGCUCAAGCACUGCGAUAUCCCACCCCUGCCGCCCUCCUUCGACAGCUUCCCCAACCUUUUGGCACUCCAACUGGAUGAUGUCAGCUUCGUUGAGAACGGGGAGAGGACAUUUGAGGCACUGAUUGCCAAGUGCCCAUCGUUGAGAUCUCUUAUCCUCCUGUUCCCGUCGAUUGGCAGCGACCAUAUGCAUGAGGGAAACUACAGUGACUGGACCAUAAGGGCACCGAACCUCAAACACUUCAUAAUCAGCGCUUGGCAGGACUAUGGGUGGCGGAUAGAUGAUCUUCCACUCAUUGAGGAAGCAAGAGUUCACCUGGAAGGCCCUGAGUUGCCGAGGAUCCUGCCAGGGCUGUCCAAAGUCAAGAACCUGUCUGUGGAAAUCACAGAUGAUACUAUUGUGGAACGGCUUUCAUACUUUAUGAACUUGAAGGACCUAUCACUCCAUACUAUUCUUAUUACCAAGUCAUCCACAGUUUUAUCAAUGUUCUGCAUACUCAGGAAUGCUCCCAACCUGGAGGAUCUGCGUAUCACGAGCCUGCAUGAAAGUGAAGAGAACGAUGAAGUGAACAUGGAAGAACUACUGAAUGCACAACGCACUGUUGGGCUAUUCUCUAGACUGAAAUGUUUCUGUUUAUUUGAGAGCAUUGGCCACACAAACGAGAUGCAGUUCAUUGAGUUUCUUAUGUCAAAAGCAACAGUACUUCAAGAAAUUGAAAUUUCUGUACGUGAUGAUGGUUCAAAGUCUCCGGAGGUUGUGUUUGAUGAGUUAUCACAGUAUAAAAAAGCUUCUCCACAGGCAGAGGUUAUUGUUAAUCGGACCAGAUCAACAACUUGA